AUGGGAGUGCUAGCCCUUUCGGUGCUGGUCACACAAAUGUAGCUUCAGGAUUACUUGGACACAUGGCUGAAGGGACUUAAACUUUUCAUGAUUAUUAGUUCACUUUUCUCUAUGUUAACUGUUGCUGCUUAUAAAAGGUCCUGUGUGUGGAGCUUCUUGACACUGACAUGGGCAUUCCUUCUUGGCUUGUGUUCUUAUCGCUACCAUCAGAAGUUUGCUGACAUCAGCAUUUAA